AUGACAUAUGAGGCCAUGCUGGAUGUGCUGUCUAUGGGACAGGAGAAUGUUCCAAACUACAGAUGUGGAAGACAAAAGAACUUGCUGGCGAUUCUUGAAGAGAUGGAUUCUGAACUCUUUGAUCAUAUUUCCAAUGUCUUGAGCAUCUAUAAAAUUCCACAGAUCAACUACAGUGUCAUCAACCAGGUGGCUGAGCAAAACCAUCAUUUUCCUUUUUCAUAUCGGAUGACCCCAAACCAAGAACCUCCUUACUCAGCGAUUGCCCAGCUGCUCCUGCAGUUCCAAUGGACGUGGAUUGGCCUCCUUUCUCAGGACAAUGAAAGAGGAGAAAAAUUCAAAAGACGCUUGGAAGUUCUUGCUCUAAAAAAUGGGAUUUGCAUUGUCCUCUCAGGAACUGUCCCAGAAGCAAAUAUGCAGACAAGUGCUGGAGAAACUCUCAUGCAAGAAAAAAGGAAAAUGUUCUAUUCUCUUAUCAAGAGUCAAAUAAAAAUUAUAGUAUGCCAAGUGGAUGAUCAGGCCUCAGGAAUGUUAGCAGCAAUAAUACAAAUAAUUGAUAGGACUAAUACGUCCCUGGUGGGAAGGGUGUGGAUUGCCACAACUUUGACAGCUUUAAGUUGCUGCCUCUUCUUCCCAAUGGAGAAAGAGGAGAAUGCAAAUUGGAUACCAUCAACCACCCCAGAUUGUACAGCCAUGGCAGGACCGAAGUUCAUAGGACCUUUCCCCAUAGUGACAGUGAUCAACCCUGUUUCAGUAGAACUUAGACUCCCUCGCUUGUUAGGCAAAGUGGAUCCGGUUUUUCACAGCAGCUUGUUAAAGCCAGUGGUAGCCUCCCAUAUCAGGCCACUAGAUCGGGCAGCUCCAAAACCAAUAGUAGUGCAAGGAGAAACACAUUAUGAGCUUCAUAGGUUCCUGAGGAACUUCCAACAUUGUAAUAUUUCCAGAGAUGGGAUUUCUUUUGAUGAAUAUGGAGUUCCUGUUGGUGACUUUGAUAUCAUGCACUGGACAUCAGUUUGGAACAAAUCAGAUGCGGGGGUGAAAAUUGGGAGUACGGUGCCUUAUUCAAGAUGUACAGAGAGUUGCUCCCCGGGUUAUGUCAUGCUUGUGAGAAAGGGAGCCCCAGUUUGCUGCUACAACUGUUCUCUGUGUAUGGAAGGAACAUUUUCUGGGCAAGAAGAUGCAGCCCAUUGUGAAAAGUGUCCAGAUGACCAGUAUUCCAAUAAGAAGCGGGAUCAGUGUAUCCCCAAAAGCAUAAGUUUCUUAUCCUAUGAAGAAUCAUUGGGACUCAUCCUGACUUUCUUUGCCAUUGCUUUGUCCCUAACCACUGCCUUUAUUCUAGGAAUCUUCAUUAAAUACCGAGACACUCCCAUAGUCAAAGCCAACAACCGUGAACUCACCUACGUCCUCCUGGUUUCACUCCUGUUUUCUUUCUUGACCUCCUUUCUAUUCAUCGGUCGCCCCAUGAAAAUGACCUGUCUCCUUCGACAAACCAUUUUCAGUAUUGUUUUCUCUGUUGCCGUAUCUUCCUUGUUGGCCAAGACUAUAAUGGUGGUGGUAGCUUUCCUGGCUACAAAGCCAGGAAGCAGGAUGAGGAAAUGGCUGGGGAAGGGUCUGGCCCACUCGAUUGUUUUAUCCUGCUCUGGUAUUCAAGUAGGCAUCUCUAUGACAUGGCUGGGAAUCUUUCCCCCGUUCCCAGAUUCUGACUUUCAUUCCCAGCCAGACCACAUCCUGCUGCAGUGCAAUGAAGGUUCAGUUGCUAUGUUCUACACUGCCCUUGGCUACAUGGGUUUUCUGGCUGCCAUCUGUUUCUUGGUGGCAUUUCUGGCUCGAAAUCUUCCAGGGACCUUCAAUGAAGCCAAACUGAUCACCUUCAGCAUGUUGGUUUUUUGUAGUGUGUGGAUCUCCUUUGUCCCCACCUACCUGAGCACCAAAGGGAAAUACAUGGUAGCCGUGCAGAUCUUCUCCCUCCUGGCCUCCAGCCUGGGUUUACUGGGCUGCAUUUUUAUCCCCAAAUGCUACAUUAUUACACUGAGACCUGACAUGAACACCAAGGAACAUCUGAUGAUGAAAACUCAUUAA